UCUCUCUCUAACUUGAAAUCUCUCUCUCUAGCCAAGAAAGAUUUUCUCGGAAGUUUCUCUCGAAUUUUCCCGGCGGUUUCUCUUCUACUCAAAUUUUCUCGGUAAAAUUUCUAUCGCUUUACAUGUCAAUUUCUUCUCCGAUUCUUGAUUUUAUCGUUUUGAAUUUGAAUCCUCUGUGAAAUAGAUGAGAUUAUCUUUCUCGGAAACUAGAUCUGAGUUAUUUUCCGUGAUUUUGAACUUCCGAUUAUCAUUUUCUCGACGAAAUUCAUUAUACGGUUGUUUGAUUCUUCGCGAUUCCGUUUCCGAUGCAUAAAUUUUGAUUUCUUUGUGGUUGAUUUGUGAAACAGAACUGUCGAAAUUGUCACCGGGAAAAAUGGAAAACAAAAUCGCGCCGUUUAGUUACAGCGGAAGCUCCGCCGAUGUAGUCGGAAUCAAGAAAUCCCAAGGAGAUUCUUCCUGUAGCGGCGUCGUUUCGUCGUCUCUCUACUCUGAUCAACUCUACAAGUCGACUCGCAACAUCAUGCAACAGCGUCAAGAUAUGGUGAAUCGCGAGGCGUUGUGUUACACGCGUCUUCAUGAGGCUUCGCUGGAAGCAGAAGCGCUUCGUCUAGAGAACACUGAACUCCGAUCGAUGAAUCGUCAUCUCAAGACUGAGCUCAACAGUCUCAUCAGAUCUUCGAUCCAGAACCGAUUUGAUCUUCGAUCUCCGCUUCGGAUGCUUAGCAAUCUUUCGAUCGGAGGUAAUGACGCCGACGAAGUGGAGAAUCAGAAUCAGAACCGUACGGUUAAUCGUGAUGAUGUCAGUGAUGAGAGUCCGACGAGUGUUAUGGAGAAUGAGGAUCUGAAUCGUUCUUCGCUUCCGAAGAGCAUCUCUGUGAGAUCUAGUGGUUACUCUAAGACGAGUCAGGGAGGUGGUGGUGCGGCUGCUCAAUGUGGAAAACCUCGUGGAACCGUAACUAAGCCUGGGACUUGUGGUCAACAGAAGGUGUAUGUGCGAGGAGGAGGGAAGAAAGAAGAUCAGGAGGAGGAGAUAGAAGUGGAGGUGUACAAUCAAGGGAUGACAAAAACAGAGCUGUGCAACAAAUGGCAAGAGACAGGGACAUGCCCAUAUGGUGACCAUUGCCAGUUCGCUCACGGCAUUAAGGAACUCCGCCCAGUGAUCCGCCAUCCCCGUUACAAGACUGAGGUUUGCAGAAUGGUUCUUGCUGGUGAUAACUGUCCUUAUGGUCACCGUUGCCACUUCCGCCACUCACUAUCUGAGCAGGAGAAGCUCGUUGCUGCUGGUUUCAAACCCAAGUCAUCCCUCAAGCUGCUUACAUGACCUGUCCCUGGUUUCAAACCCAAGUCCUCCUUCUUCACGCUGCUUAGAGACCCCAAAGGUAAAGCAACAAAGGGUCUGAAACUCAUACAUAAUAGUACAAUGAUGAUAUUGAUAGCUAUUGAAACGAUUGGUAAAAAGUGAAUAAUGUGCAUAAGUAAGAGCGUCCUGUAAACACUUUUGAGUCUAGUAGUUGUUUGUUUGAUAUUUCUUUCUCGUUUAUUCUGAGACUUUAAAACCGAGAAAAGUAUCACCGGUUAUCCAAAUGUGGUUAUAAAUCGAGUCUUUUGGU